CCCGGAAAUGGAAAGGAACUUGCUUUAAGUUUGAGCAGCUGUUUCAUGUGCAGCGUCAUUGAGCCUAUUUGAGGAUCAUGGCGAAAGGUGAGAAGGGCAGGCGGCGCCCCUGGCGGGAGGGGAAGCCGCAGGGGCCACCAAAACCAGGGGGUGGCAAAGCCAAUGGAAGACUGGGCGGAGGCAAGCCAGAGUUUCCAAAGAACAGACAGUACACGAAGGACGAUGAUGAUUCUGAAGACGUCCCCAACUUCAGCGAUCUGUCAGACGAUGACAUUGGGGAGGACAAUGCAGUCUCCGAGGAUGCUGACAGUAUCAAAGACGAUGUUGCAAAGUUUGCAGCCAAUCUGGGCUUGGCCGUGGAAGGCUUUUCCGGCAGCGGGUUCGAUGACCGCGACUUUAGAAAACCCCCAAAGAAGGUGGAAGUGUCCAAACAAAAGGAGGACAAGAAGAAGGGGAAGGCUGCGGCAGACGGUAAAGGUGACGAGGCGGCAGGUAAAGGUCAGAAGGGCAGAAAGCAGAGUGAGAAGAACGAUUCGGAGGUUGAUGGUGGUGGUGCGAAGGGAAAGAAGAACAAGAAUGGGGAGAAAAACAAGGGUGCGCUACCACCACCCCCCGCUGGAGAAAUUCCGGAGGCGGGGGGUGCAUUCGCACCAGCGGAGUCGUUUUUCGAAGUCGGAGGGGGGGGCAUCGAGGACGUUCCGAUGGGGCCAUGGUACGAACAGGCGGCCGAACUCUCUUCAAAGCUGCCGGCCCCGACCGCUGACGUCAGCGCGAAGGGCAAGAAAUCGAAAAGGGGAGCGGCUGACGUCAGCAGCGAGCCGCUGAAGAAUUGGGACGACGUGCUGCAGAAGAUGCGGGGGGAUGGGGAGGAGUUAUUGCAUAAGGCGGCGGAGGCUUACGAGCGGGGGCAGGGGAAGAGCGGGAAGGACGUGGCGUGGCUCGUGCGCGCGCGGAAGACGGGGACGUCGGCGGAUAAGGUGGCGGCCAUGACGGUCAUGGUGCAGGAGGACCCCGUGGCCAAUGUGCGCAGCCUGGACGCCCUGCUAGGCAUGGUGUCCAACAAGGGCGGUAAGCGCAAUGCGGCGAUCGCGAUUGACGCCUUGCGUGAGCUGUUUGUGACGUCGCUCCUGCCGGACCGCAAGCUCAGAUACCUGGCGCAGCGGCCCGAGCUGGAGACCCUGGCGUCGCAGGGAAAGGACGGGGAGCCCCUCCUUCAAUUCUGGUACUGGGAGGAUGCCCUUAAGCAACGGUAUGACACAUUUGUGACGUCACUGGACGCGCUGAGCCGUGACAACCUGCAGUUUCUCAAGGAGAAGGCGCUCAAGACACUGUUCGACCUGCUGGUAGCAAAACCGGAGCAGGAGGCCAAGCUGCUAGCAGCGCUUGUAAAUAAGUUGGGUGACCCUGAGCGGAAGGUCGCCUCUAAGGCGGGGUACCUGCUGGCGCGCCUCCUGGAGCAGCACCCCGCCAUGAAGCGCGUCGUCGUGCAAGAAGUCGAGGCCUUCGUCUUUCGGCCCCACGUGGGCCUGCGGGCGCGCUACUAUGCGGUAGUGUUUCUGAACCAGAUCAUUCUUACCAAGAAGGGUGACGGCUCGGCCCUGGCAAAGUCGCUGAUUGGCCUUUACUUCGGGCUUUUCAAGGCUCUGACGGCGCUCGAGGCCGACGCGGAAGACCCUUCCUCCACCUUCCAGAAGUCCCUCGGCAAGCGCCCCCGCCAAAAGACGCGCGAAGUCAAGAAGAUCAUCCAGAGCAAGAAAAAGCGCCUCGCCGCCAAAAGCGCGACCAAGGGCGCAGCCCCAGUCUCGGAGGACAGCACUGUGGGGGUCGAUUCGCGGAUCCUGUCGGCCAUUCUCACCGGUGUGAACAGGGCCUUUCCGUAUGUGGCGGCAGAUGACGUGGACGCGCUGCUGCGGGAGCACACGCCGGAGCUGUUCCGAAUGGUCCACGCGGGCAACUUCAACGUGUCUGUCCAGGCCCUGUUGCUGCUGCACCAGCUCAUGUCCGCCCACCAGGCCGUCAGCGAGCGCUUCUACAGGGCCCUCUACGCCGUGCUGCUCUCCCCCGCCCUCGCCAAGUCGUCCAAGGCCGCCCUCUUUCUCUCGGUCCUCUUCAAAGCCAUGAAGUCGGACCUCGACUCCAAGCGCAUCGCUGCGUUUGCAAAGCGCCUUCUCCAAAUCGCGGCCCACCAAAGCCCGCCGUUCACGUGUGGCGCGUUACUGCUCGUUUCCGAGGUCCUCAAGAUUCGGCCGAUCCUUUGGGGGGCGGUCCAGCAGCCGGAAGACAAAGGGGACGAUCUGGAGCAUUUCGAGGACGUCCGAGAAGAGGGUGACGGUUCGGCAGACGGUCCGAGAAGCGCGGAAAAGGAAACGCCUGACUCCCAACCCCCUAAAUCCUCCGCGCCCGCCCCCGCUGCUGAUAUCAGCGGUCCCGUCCUUGGCUUCUCCGCCGAGGAUGACGCCAGCGACGAUGAGGGAUCCCCCUCGGGCGACUCGGACGCGGACUCCGACGCCUUGGACGCCGACGAGCGGAGGAAACGCUCCGCUGACGCCAGCACGAGCUCAUCGAAAGGAAGGGCACCAAACGGGCGGUCACAAACGGCGCCUUCAAGCGAGGGUUUGCCUAAUGGGGGCGUUAACGGCUUGGUUAAAGGAGAUGCUGACACGUGGCCUGCGAAGGGGCGGUACGAUGCGAAGUCGCGGGAGCCGUCGUUUUGCCACGCGGAGACGGCGUGCUGGUGGGAGCUGACGGCGCUCGCCGCGCACGCGCACCCGUCGGUCGCGGCGAUGGCCAAGACGCUCUUGGCGGGAGCUAACGUGUUAUACGACGGUGAUCCCCUGCGCGACCUCGCACUUGCGAUCUUCCUGGACCGGUUCGUGGAGAAGAAGCCGCGCGCCGCCAAAAGCGACGGCAAGUUCAAGGGCGCUUCGUUCAUGCAGCCGCUGCGGAAAGGUGACGUCACGCGAUCGCACCUGCUCGUGGGAGGGGAGGCGUUUGCGGCGGUGGAGGAGAGCCAAGUCGCCGCGGAGGACGCAUUCUUCUACAAGUUCUACACGGCGAAGGCGGCUAAGAAGCCGGGUCGAAAGCGAGGCAAGGGCGGCGAUAGCUCGGACGAGGACUCUGACGCGGAGGGGCCGUCCAAAACGAAGGCCAAGAAAGGGAAGAAGAAAGCGGCGGGGGGGGGGAGCGACGACGACAUCGAAAACGUCGACAGUGACGAUGACGCUCUGGAAAAGAUUCUGGAGCGGGGGAUGGGCGAGGAAGAAGGAGGGUCCGAAGACGAGAGGGGCGAAGAUGCCGAAGAGGGCGGGUGGGACUACGACCGGCUGGCCAAGGUCCUUGAAAAAGACGACGACGCGGACGCGCGCUCAGACGGCGAGGAGAGCCUGGACGCGGCCGCGGAUUCGGACGAGGACGACGAGGGCGGCUUCGAGGGGUUCGCGGUCGCGGGCAGCGACGACGAGGACGAGGACGAGGCUGACGUCAGCGGGGACGACGAUGACGGCAGCGACGAGGAUGCUGACGUCAGCGACGGAGGGGAGGACGAGGACAGCGACGACGAGGGGUUCGACUUUGGGGAGGACGAGAGCGGGAGCGAGGGGGAAGAAGACGGUACCGACGGGGUGCGUGAGAGCGGGGGAGCCGAGAGCUCGUUUGAGGACGAGGCGGAACGGAGUCAACGGAAAGGAAAGCGGAACCGAGCGGGCCAGAAAAAGGGAGCGCUUGAAGAGGAAGCGGCAUUUGAAGGAGGAGAAGAGCCUUCAGAAGGGGCGAAGGGGGGCGGCACUGGGAAGGGGCCAAAGAAGCGGAAGAAGGGAGGUGUGGGAGUGUCACCGUUUGCAGCUAUGGAGGACUUCGCGCACUUGCUAGAUUAGGAACUUGAGAGGAUGUUCCGGCUUACGGUCAACCAUAGUACGUUUUACCCCCAACGAGGAUGAUUCCCAAAGGCAACCUUUUUCAGCCGUUGUGUGCCUCCUGUUAGCCGUGCAGUCUGGGACGUCAAUGCAUGUUCAUGUGAGGCAUAUGAUAG